AUGUCCACCAACAGACCAUUCCUCUCUAACUUCCUGGCCGCGUUCCGCGCCCAGUCCACCUAUAAAGCCUCCCAACAAUCAACAGGCACCUCCUCCUUAUCCUCCUCAACACUCACCCAGAGCGCCCGCGCAAUAGCCUCCAAGGCCGCAGGUUCCAGCUCAAACCCAUCGUCCAGUUCCGCAGCGAACCAAUCUACAUCCCACGCGCCCUCAAGUGGGAGUACAAUCCCACCGGGUCCUGCAUCCACAUCCACACCCCCGCCGGCGACGGCCUCUCAGCCUCAGCACCAUUCCCACCAUUAUCACCAUACUCCUUCUUCUGCCUACUCAGCAGAGACAUCUCCUCCCCCGACACCAUCUUCUUCCACGCCAAUCCCCAUCAAUCGGGGGCCGGCAGAUCGCCAGCGUCGCGGAAGCGAUAGUUCUAGUGGCUCGGGCGGGUUCCGGGAUGCGUUGGGACCGGAGAAGUGGUAUAUCGGGGGCAAGACGCCCGCCGGCGAAGAACGGUUUUAUCGCUUGGGGAUGGUGACGAACGGUGGGGGGAGACUUGGAGGUGGAGGGAGAGUAGGGAGUAUCGAUCAGUUGAGUCUGUGA